CUGAUCAUGCGCACUGCGUACUGUUUCAAAAAACCAUUUGUAGGCAACAUACGGUGUAAAACGUGCAGUAUGUACGCUAGUAAUCCACAGCCGUUUUCGUGUGACUACAUUAACCAGAAGGGGGCAGCACUGUAACAAAUAAUGAGGGCAAUGAUGCGUACUAAAGCAUUCACAAACUGAGCUUUGUCUCUCACUUAUUCGGAAGAUUACAUCCGAGACGGCCAGGUUGGGAGGGAAGGCCUUAAAAAUUAAUUUGCAUAGCGGUACACACAAUGUGCAGCGAUGUGGUAUUAAAGGCGAUAUGAAGCCGGCUAGCGCAGGGAUCAGAUUUGUUGCAGAGUUCAAGACGGUUUGCAUUCGGGGUGAUGGGGGCAGAAGAUAUCUGGAUCCCGUAUAAAAUCCCGUGAGAUUCCUCCUGUGGGACCAGACGGAACCGAUGAAGGCGACCGCAUCCGCCGCAUCCCAGAAUAACUCGACCGUGAUUGGGAGCUCAUUCAUCAGCAAAGCUGCAGUGAAUGGAAUGAGGAGGAAUUUGAUGCAUGCAUGAAAAUCUGACACUGGUACACCGUUGUUGGCCUCUUUCACACCGCGUUAUGGAAAUAGCAGGAUAACGGUAUUUCAGCGGCAUUUUGCUCCUAAUGGCAACGGCACCGAAAUAAACGGGUCAGCCGUGAGCACGUGUUUUUGAACUAGGUCUAGUCUGAUCAGAUCGGCGGAAUGGUGUCUUUGAGAUGUCACCGGAGCAAGUAUAUAUGGGCCACUCUGGGUGUGUUGGCGUUGUUGUGGCUCUACAUCUUUCCCGUGUACAGGAUCCCCAGCGACAAGGAAAUGGUGGAUGAGGUUCUGCGGCAGGGACAAACGUGGAGCAGAAACCAAACCGGAGUAGAUUUGUACAGGAAACUGUUGACAGAAUGCUGUGACCCAAAGAGGAUGUUUGCUGUUACUAAGGAAAACUCGCCAAUAGGCAAAGUCUUGUGGUACGAUGGGGAGAUCUACCAUUAUCACACGGUCACCAACGAAACCUACCCAAUUUUUGUUCAGGAUACACCAUUGCUGCUUCCUCUGAAGAAGUGUUCGGUUGUGGGCAAUGGAGGGGUCCUGAAACACAGUGGCUGUGGAAAAGAAAUUGACCAAGCUGACUUUAUCAUGAGAUGUAACCUUCCUCCUCUGUCCAAAGAGUACACCACUGAUGUCGGUACCAGAACACACCUGGUGAGCGCGAAUCCUAGCAUUAUUGAAAAGAACUUUCAGAACCUACUAUGGUCCCGCAAAUCCUUCGUAGAGAGUAUGAAGGCAUAUGGUUCCAGCUACAUCUACAUACCAGCGUUCUCCAUGAAGCCUGGCACUGACCCCUCCCUGCGUGCAUACCACGCCCUUGCAGACUCCGCCUCCAACCAGACAGUCCUCUUUGCCAACCCAGACUUCCUUAAAAACGUCGGCCGAUUCUGGAAGAACCACGGCGUCCAUGGCAAACGGCUGUCCACAGGGUUGUUCCUUGUGAGCCUUGCCCUUGGCUUAUGCGAAGAGGUGACCGCUUACGGUUUCUGGCCAUUUUCGGUGGGACUGGAUAAGCGGCCGGUCAGCCACCAUUAUUAUGACAACAUUCUCCCAUCCUCGAGAUUUCAUGCCAUGCCUGAGGAAUUUCUGCAACUCUGGCACUUGCAUAAGAGCGGCACGCUGCGUAUGCGGGUCGGCGAUUGUGCAAAAGAAGGACAGGAGCCUAAGAAGGAAAAAUAACUGGAAGUGUUGCUAGGGGCAACUCCGUAUAAUUCCCACAGGAACAGGACAGCCAUCCUGUGAUUAGCAUGAGAAUACUGUGGGUUGUGAGGUGAUGCCCCACCCCCAGAGCUGGGCCUCUCUUUGGUGUCUAUAUGCUUGAACCUCAACUGCUACCGACACACCCCCACCCUCUUAUUGCCAAGGAACUGUUGUAAAGACUUGCAUGUGUACCCAUCCUCAUGUAUGCGCUCACUGGAAGCUCGUUGUGUCUGUUUGUAGAAGUCCCGGGGUGAUGAGAGACUUAGGAGUCAUGUGACUUAUUUAAACUGCAUCCACCAGCAGUUGGACCCUUGAAUCUAAGGACUAUUUGUUCACUUAAUAUAAAGAGAGAGUGGGGUAGAGACUGCGUCAAACAAUGUCUUAAGAAUUUUAAAUGGGAACUCAGAAAUUGGGAGCAAUGCUUUGAUCGUUUGACGUAUUUUUGUUUAGUUUUGUCUUGAACACUGAUUCUCUGGAGUUUUGAGGAAAUGGGAUAAGGAAUAAUGUGAAAAUCUUACUCGCAGUGUUCACAUAUAUACAAAUACAGGUUUAGCCUGGAAAAGGGAAGUUGGGAACUGAAUGUACAGCCACAGUAUAAAAACCUGUUUCAAAAAUUUGAGACCGGUUUAAAGUGAAGGCUGCAGUUCACGUAUUAUUGUGAGUAUAUUUCUAGUUUUAUUUAUUUUUAACAUUCAGUUAAGUAGGACAUUUACAGAGAACCACCUUGUCAGUCUCGAUCAGUCAUUUCUUACAUGACCAUAGUGUUUUGUCAAGCUUGGAGUGGGAAAUCAUGGGUUGAGGUUGAGAGACCACAUCCAGUUAGAAGAUUUCCAAAUUCUGUAGAAGAGUGAGUGAAUUGUUUGUGUACCAGUGGAAAAAGUAUGACAGAGUUUGCAGUGACUACUGUGGCAGCAUCUUUAAUUAUUGUAUUAUUCGUAUGUGUUUGAAUUCAGUCAUUAGAUGUUACGAAGUGGUGUAUUAAUCCCUUAUCACAUGGUUGAAGGGGAACCAAUCAUACGAUCAUUUUUAUUUUUUUUGCCUGCUAAGGUGCUGGACACCUGGUUCGGAACAUGUAAAUAAUCAUCAGUUUUGUUGUUAUUUCCACAAGAAUCAUGGGUUCUCUGAAUGUAUUGGCAGCCAUUUUGGUAGUCUGCCCAGUAACUUGUUUCCUUGACUUAUUUUUUGUUGUUGUUAAACUGCACACAACUGGUUUAAAUUUGUAGGUGCUAGCUGUAACUCAUCCACUCCAGCUUAGUCUUAAUAUAUCAUCACUGACAGACAGUUGUAAUGGGUACGACUUGUAAGAGAAUGCACUAUUAUGUUGAUUUAAAGCCAGAGACCUCAGUAUUUAUAGGUUUAGUUCACCCCAAAAUGACAAUUGUCAUCAACUCCUUCCCCCGUCAUGACAAAUCCAUUUCUUUCAUCUUUGAGCUCCAUUUCUGAGCUCCACUGAAAGAUCAACAUUUUUCAUGCUUCAAAAAAAAAAAGACAUAAGACAUUGUAAAAGCAAUCAAGCGGUUUAAUCUAAGCCUUAUGAAGAGGCAUAAAGAUUGAUCACCGCACGUGUGUACGUGAGCAUCUCAAAUAUGGUAAAUGGAAGCCCAAGCAUACUUUCUUGAUGCCUGAUAACAAACCUCAUUGGUUUUCAUUUGAGCUUUCUGAAACGUCAACGUUUUUGUGUAAUGGACUUUCAAUGGAGGGACAGAAAUCUCUCAGAUUUGUUUUAUGGAUUUGGAAUAGCAUGAGGGUGAGUAAAUGAUGACAGAAUUUUCUAUUUUUAGGUGAACUAUCCCUUUAAAUGGGAGAACAGAGUUGCCUUUAAAUGUGUCUGCCAUUUAAAGCAGGUGUGUUAGCAUUCAGGUAGCUAGCUAUAAGACAGCUUAACUAACUUGCUUCGCGAGAUUCUCCUACGCUAUGGCGUCCCUCGUGGCAACACUGAGAUUGUGUACUUGAAACUGAUUGAAAUGAGUUCUGACAUUUUUCGAUAGAAGUUGUUGUGUAUACAUAUUGUUUGUGCAUUAAUGUUGGGAAGCUCUACUAUGAGCUAUGUAAUGGUUGAAUCUCACAAAAUACAUAACCAGGUCACAUUUCACCCCAAUCAAGAGAAAAAAUGACAAUUGAGCACAUUUCCCUGCAUAUUCUAACUAUCGUAAUGUGUUUGGAAAAAUCGAAAACUGAAAUGAAAAUUUAAAAAAGUGGCAUAAGUGAAAUACAUACAACAAAUAAUGGAGCAUAUGUGAUUGUGCUUAAUUCCAUAAGUGUUACUGGUCAUGAAAAAAUGGGGUGAAAUAUGACCCGGACUUGUACUUAGCAGGUUUUUUGAGACUCACUCUAAUAGCAAAGGAAAUGUGUGAACUCAUUUGAGUAUCUCCAGAAAUUCUCAUUACCAUAUUUUCACACUUUAAGCCAAUGAGUGCCUUUAUCAGUAUUAAAAAGGCUAUGGACAUUAUUUUAUCAAGGACAAGUUUUAAACCAAAUCUAAGGAUUAUUUCUUUUUCCCCCCAAACUCAGACGUAAAUAACCUCACAGAAUAGUUUUUAAGAAUUUUCAACCAAGACUGAUGUUUAGAAAUGUGGAAAGACCUAUUCAUUUAAUAAUUUAUUAUGAUUUAGGAUUAGUGAAUGGAUGUGAGUUUCAAAAUAUCCUAGCUUACGGUUGUAGAAGGACCAACGUACAUUACUGUAAUUUUUUAACAUUGCUUAAUUGCCAGAAAACCACAGCUUUAGCAUACAUGAAGCCGGGGAAAGUGUUAAAUGCUGGAGCUGAUGAUAAUUUUUUUCUUUGCACAUUUUUUUGCUGUUCAGUAUUGUGAAUGAGUGAGGUAGUAGUUUGUAAGUAGGCAUGCACGACUGUGAUAUGUGAUAUUGGUUUUUGAAACAAAUUUUGAGUGAGAAACUCACAAUUAUGUAUUUUACGUUACGCCCUUUGAGCCAUAUGAGGGUGUGUGCCCUGCUGAAACAGAGCUUACCUCAACUGUACUAUUCACUGUUAAAUUCAUUGAUGAAGCUCACAGGAGCUUGGAUCUUAGAUUCUUAAGUAUGUUUUACUCCACUAAGCUGUAAAUGUGUCCUAUCGUGUCAAUCUUCUUGGCUCAAGCAGUUGGUGUUUGUACUUGAGCAUGUCACAAUCUACUAACAAUAAACAGGAACAGUGCUGGACGUUUUUUUACGUGCCACCUGGGUUAUGCCAAUAUUGAAAAUGUGAUAAGAAAAAAAGCAAACACACUGCUUUCAAACAAUAAAGACGUCCUGUCAACUCCUUUGCUGCAGUAUGUGUGAAGUCUAUGAAUAACAGUCUGUCUAGAUGAAGCACUAAUCGGACAAACAUAUAUUUCCUGUUCAAUACAUUUUUAAUGUCAGGACCCAGCUGUCUCCUUGUAGAUGGCCAAAAAACUCAUUAUAUUGAUUAAAGGUGUUACUUGUUGGACAGGCUACUGAGAGACAGAAUCAAGAGAGCUGGAAAUAAAUAUUAAUAAUUAAAACCCAUACAUUUAUAUGUAGUUUUGGUGCCAAAAAAAUCACCUCUUGCAUAUAGUGUGUAUUUAGGGAACUAGGGAAGCUACAGUUUUCUCAACAUAAUUCAACCCAGAACAUUUCACCUUUAUUAUCAGAAAAUAAAGAGCUUGAAGAAAGUCUGCACACUCUCAAACAUCAAAAAAGUCACAAGCGAGAUAAAAGCAUUUUACUGGAAUUUACUGGAUAAAAACAUGGCAAACGUUUCGGUCACAUGUUGACCAUUUUAAAUGCCAAGCUAACAAUAGAGCUAGGACCCAUCUUAAUUUGAAAAAUCACGUGAUGAUUAAAGAGACAUGAUCAAUCAGACCACGCACUGAUCCAAAAAAUUAAUUAAAUUAAAUAAAUAACUAAAGAAUAAUAAAAAAAAGAAAGAAAAAGAAAUCAACAUAUUAAAUUACACAAUGUCAAAAUAUAAUUAUAAAAUUAUAAUAAUAAAUAAAUAAAUGACCACAAUGUGUGUUCAUUUAGCAAUGGAUAAUCUACAUCAAAUUGGAGAACAAUGGUUGUCUGUUGGGAGUUAACAACAAAGUACAAUUCAUAAAAAACAAGACAAUUGAAGCUCUUCAUUUAAUCCCUUCGGAUACACAGUCCAUAUAAUAAAUCCACUUAGCUUCACAUUGUAACAGUCUUUUAUUAGAAUCACCACCUCUUCUUGAACUGGUCAAUCUCUGAAUACCUGAAAAUCUCAUAUCACAAAAUGCCUGGCCACAGGAGAAUGAAUAUCCAUCCUUCUGAUGGAGCUCCUGUGCUCGUUGAUGCGCGUCUUUAAUUGGCGAUUAGUCUUGCCAAUAUACUGUAGACCACAUGGGCAUGAAAAAAGAUAAAUAACAAAGGAUGAUGAACAAGUGAUAGUCUCUCUAAUUUUUUUAAUGUUUUCUGAGUGGUGGUGCUGGUGAAAGAAUCCAUUUUAAUUGCAUUUCCACAAGCUGAACAAAUCUUGCAUGGGAAGAAGCCAAUGGAAUGAUCCAAAGUCACAUAUUUGUUCAGAUGAUCUCUUAUGUUGCGUCCCCUAUAAUAUGAAAAAAGCGGAGGCUCCUUGAAGAUUCUAUCUCCAAUGUCAUCGGCUCUCAGAACAUGCCGGUGUUUACUGAUGAUAGACUUGAUUGCCUGACCAUGAACAGGGAAGGUAGUAUAACACAUAUAAAGGAGGUCUUUGAAAUGUCUUGGAUAGUGAUUUAACUGGUGUAGAUUUUACCUUCUCAAUUGCUUGCUUAAGCCAUUUAUCAGGAUAUCCUCUAAAGGUGCGUUCACACCAGACGCGAAUGAAGCGUUAAGCGCGAGUGAUUUACAUGUUAAGUUAAUGCAAAGACGCGAAUAGACAUAGACAAGCGGUUCGCGCGAAUGACGUGGCGCGAAUUGAGCGUUUCAGGCGUUUGAGCGUUUCGUGCUUGGUGUGUUACUUUGUGCACAACAUAGUAAAUCAUAAUUUAUAGCCUAUUUCUUACAUAAAAAUAUUAUUACUAUGUUAAGACUAGAAUAGGCUACUUAUGGCAAACAUUUGUACAUUCAUUCUAAUUAUCUCUCACAAUAUUAUAGUAAAAAAUAGUUAUUUGUGAUUGGACCAGUGUAGUGAAAUGAGACUGGAGCCGCCUGGCAGAAGCCCCUCCUUGACGCGAAUUCGCGUCUGUUGUGAAGUGAAUUUCACGCGCGAAUGAAGCGAGUAAACUCAAAAUGUUCAAGCGUCCAACUACGCACGAAUAGCGUGAUUUAUUCGCACAAGUCGCGUCUGGUGUGAACGCACAGUCAGAAGAAGCUGCUUGUACAUCUUAUCACAUUCCACCUCAAAAUCAUCAGCGUUUCCUCAAAAAAUCAACGAUGUUCCUCAUCUCCCAGAGUUAAGGCCUUCUUGUAACCAUCGCGUGUAGUCACUGAAGUGAUGCAAUUGAAUAGCGAAUUCAUGGUGUAAUUCUAGCCUAGCUCACUAGUAAUUUGCCAUGGUCUGUGAAGUGAAUGUGCUGUUUUGAUUUGUGAAAGAAGUUGUAUGCGAUACGUCAUAACUGACUGCGCGUGAGUUCCCAUGCAUGUUUACAGCAGCGCAAGUUCUGCUCCACUUGCGCGUGUUGUAAGCUUGCAUCGAUCUCUUAGCAACGUCUGACCCCGGGAGUUCAGAGCAGCCUCUUCCGGUUCAAUCUGAUAAGAGCACACACGUCACAGGCCCUUGUGUAAACAAACAACUGAGUAUACCCUUACGAAAAUUAGUUUAUUCAAGUGUGCUAUUAGUAUACUUCUUUUAAACUAAAAAUAGGAAAGUAUACUUUCAGUCUAAUUUUUAUGUACUUCUCAGAAAUGUGCUUUAUGUACUUCUCAGAAAUAUACUUUAAAAAAUGUUAGUAUACUUGACUUAUACUUAGAAAAAGUCUAAAUUUAUUUGAUCUAUACUUGUACUCUGAGAAUGUUUUCAUUGUUAUACGGUAGGGGGCGCUAUUAUAAAUCUUCUGUACAGAAUUUCCAAAACACGGAAACAGUGAAGAAGAAACCGAAAAACAACAGAUGCUUUCACACAUAAUCUAAGACAUAAAACAGCAUCAAAAUUGUGUAACAUUAUGGAAUAAAAUGUUAACACAUGAAGAGGUAAUAAUGAUUGUCAAGCUUUUGGACACGUCUACGUUUUGAUUAUCAUUCUGAAUCCAAUCUCUUUUUUCAGUUUUUUGUUUAUGAAACUUACCCACAUGCAAGUGUAUAUAAAAAAAAGAAUGCAUGAAGCUAGAAUAAAAUGUUUUUGUUUACAAGCAGAUACCCUGUUUUUUUUUUCUUUUGAUGUUUUGUAUGUUCAGAUAUUCAUAUUACAAAAUAUAUACACAUUACUAAAUAGGGACAUAGUAGUAUACUUAAAGUAUGAUGUAUAGUUCACUUAAAGAAAACUUACGAGUAUACUUGCAGUAUAAAACUACUGAACUUGUAGUUUACUGAGACUAUACUUCAAAGUGUACUAUAAAUAGUAAACUAUCAGUAUGGGGCUGCUUUGAACAAUUUUUUUCAGUGCUUCGAAACUAGAUGGUCAUUGGAUAAAUGCCACGAUUACGUCCCGCCCACGGACGCUCAGCGUCUCUGGGGGUGAAUGGAGGAGUGGGCUGGCCUGGACUCCGGGCUUCUGCGUGAUGAUUGGAGGGUCUGUCGAAAGACUGCAUCUCCUUUUGAUUGACAGCGAUUUUGUUCUAUAAAAAGUCGCUGACGCUGAAGCUAUUCGAGCUCAGUCCCAUAGAGGCUUUGCACUUGGUUCUUAUCAAUGUUAUAUAUUUUUUUUAUUCAUUUAUAAUGUUAUGUUUUAAUAUACAUGCUGCUAACUCGGAAAUUUUAAGAUAUGUGAGCAAAAAAUGCUCCUGACACUUAGGCAAUACAACACGAGCAAGAGUGCUGUUUUUGUUUAGUUUGUGUUCGAAUCCAAAUCCGCGUUGUCUUGGGCGAAUCACUGAUUCACUGAGCCAUUCAUAAAAACAGUCAUUUGAUUCGCUCCUGAAGGAUUCAGCCGUUUUGAAAGAAUCAUUUGAAUGACUCAGUGAUUAAAUCACGAACUUCUGCCACCUGCUGGCCGUUUUUAAGUUUCCCGUCUAAAAGUAGGCAUAUUACAUUAUUUUCCAACAUAUUUCUAUAUUCAGAAUUUAGUAUUUAAAACAUUAAUCUCAUAACAUUAUUUAUGUAAUUAUAAAUACAGUCUAAAUUAAUAAAUGCCACUUCUAAAUGUCACUUCAUGCAGCUUCUGUGCAGUGCUAAGAUGAGUUUUGUUUAGAUCAUUUCAUGGAUAACAAUAGCUAGUCAUUCAUUCACAUUAAUUAAGUAUUCAGAGAAUAAUAUUGUCUGUUUUCACUUACAUCUAUUUAUUUAUUACAUUUUGAUUCAUUUUGUAGAAUUGAAUUAUAAAUUAAGCUGGUAUAGUAUCUUAAGACAUUUUUAUGGUAUCGUGACAACCCUAUUAUACACCACAUUCCUUGUUUCAGUUUAACCUAAUUCCCACAUUUCCUCUGUCGAGUUUAAUAUCUUUUUUUUUAUAUUGUCUGUUCAUUCAUUCAUUCGUACAGUAGGCUAGGCUAGCGUCACUGGAAAAGACGCCUAGUUGGUACGACAGGGUCACAGAGCAUUUUCUUGAAAAGGAACGUAGGGCAGAAUUUACGUAUAAAUAAAUGGACAAUUUUUAUGACGUAGGCCGAAAAUGAGCUUCCCCUCUUUGAAAGACCAGCAGCCGCCACUGGAGUGUAUGCAUGUUUGUUUGUUUGUUAGACUAGUUUGUGUUAGUGUUUAGUUAAUAAAACUGUGCACAAAUUGCAUGAGUUUCUGAUUCCGCUUGUAGAUAAUGUCCCUUUACGAUUUUGAUCCUUACUACCUGCUCUAAUGCAUUAAUACUUAGGAAAGUAUUUUCUGUUGCCACGAAAAUAUCCUUUCUUAGAGUUGAUAUGAACUUACACGGAAUGUUCGCUGAACUAAUUGUAAUUAUUUAUAUACAUUUCCCUUUUGAACUGAUUUGCUACAAUCACUUGUUCAUCAUCCUUUGUAAUUUAUCUUAUUUCAUGCCUAUGUUGUCUAUACAGUCCCUCCAGUUUUUCGCGAUUCCGCGAUCGCUGAAUGCAAUGCAAAAUAAACAAAAUGUCGCAUUUUUUUGUGAUCCUGCAUAAUUCGUCAUUUAACCACAAAAUAAUCGCAAAAUAAAUAAAAGACAUAACAUAAAAUUAUAAUCAUCUAACUGAAUUAUUUUACGUUACGUGGAUUCAGACAUAGAUAUCAUAUAGAGACUAGAUACCCUAUUGGCCGCUGGGCGCCGAGAAAUACGGCCGCCAUCUUGAACCGGUCGUACUCCUAGUUUCGUUGCGUAGCAGCAGUUAAGAUGCCAGAGCACUGUGGAGCAUUUUCUUGUUCUAAUCGACGAACCAUCGCAAAUAGGGUCAAGGGGAUUACUUUUCACAAGUAAGUUUCAACAUUUACCGCACUAUUGGUUGUAUUUUGUGAAUAGAAUACUACCAGAUAAAUGAGAAGGAGCAAGGAUCUUUGACAUUACUACUGGAAUCGUAGUCAGCUAACGUUAGCUAGGCUAUGUUUACUGCACCGGCAUGGAGAGGUGGGGUAAAGUAAUAAUUACAAGAACAUCUCGGUUAUCAGAUACAAGCAUUCAACGGCCAUGUACGUUAGUAUAAAUAUAUAUUGGUAAUUUCAUUUGUGUUUGUGCACGUGAUUUCAGGAAGCAAUGUAAUACACACAUGACGACGAUACGCAAAUCGAGUUACCCCUCCCACUUCUGCUAGUUUUAUUGAGAUAUCUUAUCCUGUGUGAAUUGGACAUUAAUAUUACAGAGGUCCUGUGGUAAAAUUACAUUAUUACUCCAUCUACCCUUGUAAAGUUAAUCCCGUCCGAAUAGGGCUUUAGAUUAAAAUCGACAAUAAUUCUAUGUAGAUUUUUUUUUAAUUAUUAUUGGUAUAUUAACAUUGGCCAGUGAAUUUUACACAAGUGUCAUAGACUGUAUUAUCAGUGUUGGGCAGUCACUACUUGUAGCUUAGCUAGUAACUUAGUAUUUUGUUGUUAGCCUCUCUAUUUACUGAAUCAAGUAACUUUUCAGUAGCUUAAUUCCUUUAUUUCAAAAUAGGAAUUUUGUUGAAGAAAGGUUCUAAGAAAUGUGAAGGAAGAAAAUAAGCUUGACCUCCUUUGUGAAAUGUUUUUGUGUACGUUAGACUCUCCAAAAUCUGCAGAGAGGGUGAUCCGCCGAGCUUCAACAAUACAAGCUCCUAAGGUGUCAACAGUCACGCACAUUGUGCGGGAGGAGAUUGGAACAGAGGAUGUUUUCCUUCUUGGGGAGCACAUUGAGGAGACCCAGUUUGGCAUCGACAACCAUCAGUCUGACUUGUUGUCAUUGGUUGUGUCUGUGUUUUUAAAGAUAAGGCUCCACCAUGUUGCCAAACUCGCCUCUCUUGAACUACAGAAAGGGAGCACGAGAAAGAAGCUCUGCAAAACAGUCCUCUUUCAGGGGUUUUAGUGUGUUUGUGUGUGAGAGCGAGUGUGUGUGUGUGUGAGAGCGAGUGUGUGUGUGUGUGAGAGCGAGUGUGUGUGUGUGUGUGUGAGCGAGUGUGUGUGUGUGUGUGUGUGUGUGUGUGUGUGAGAGAGUGUGUGUGUGUGUGUGUGUGUGUGUGUGUGUGUGUGUGUGUGUGUGUGAGAGCGAGUGUGUGUGUGUGUGUGUGUGUGUGUGUGUGUGUGUGUGUGUGUGUGUGUGUGUGUGUGUGUGUGUGUGUGUGUGUGUGUGUGUGUGUGUGAGAGCGAGUGUGUGUGUGUGUGUGUGUG